UGUACUUUUGAUUACUCAGAAGCAUUGUACGUGUGACUGUAUGCACAUAUGGAUGCACAUUAUAGGAUGCACUAUACCAGAGGUGGGCUUCAUAUACAACUGGUUUGCCCAGCACCGGAAAUGUGAGCGUGUGCACGCUCAUGCACACUUCUCUCAUGCACCAGUUGUGGGCUUCAAUUUUGGCCGCUACCUGUUUGCUCAUGGGCGCACGCAUGCUUGCGGUGCAUGCGAUGCUUCUGCGCAUACGCAGAAGCUUCUGUGCAUGCACAGAGAUGUCCGAGUGGGUGGCCGGAGCUUGCCGCCGCUACCUGUUUGCCCGAUUUGGGGUGAACCGUUAGCAACCCACCGUCACACAUGCACCAUCUGUGCAUGCGUGCGGCAUCACAAAACACAAUUCCUCAUGCAUGCCAUCUGCACAUGCGUGCAACAUCAAACCACAUGGCAAUUCGCUCACGUGCAUCGUCUGCACAUGCGUGCAGCGUCAAAAACACAGCCAUAUAGGACAGAAUUGCGCCCAGGUGGGUGGGCAGAGGUCACCCUACUGGUUUGCCGAACCUGUCCGAACUGGCUGAAUACCACCUCUGCACUAUACUGUAAUUCAGCAAGAUUUAGAACAGGGGUCUCCAAACUUUUGGACCUCGGGGACCACUAAAUUCAUAAUUUGAAAUCCCACGGACCACUAAUAUAAUCUGCCUAAUGACCGGCUGGAUGGGUGUGGCCAACUCGAUGUCUAACUUGAUGUCACUCACGUUGAGGGUGCCUUGCCAGCUUCUACUCGCCCUUCCCCUCCCAGCCACUCCUCGCCUGCCCGCACGGGCUCCUUAGGGCCUCAACAGGAAGCAGUUGUUGGAGCUAAGCAGCCACCAUAAGAGAGUUGGCAAAACAGCUGGCUCAGUUCAAAUUGGAUCUGGCCAAGAAGGAGGCUCAGCAGAAGCACCUCACUGAGGAUUAUGAGCAUAGGCUUUCCAAGCAGAGGGAAGACCUGCAGGAGUGCAAGGCCAGGUAAUGGCACCUGGAGGCUCAACGAGCUGAGAUGGUCAGCCAGUUCCAGGGCAUGAUGCAGUCUCACUGGAACAAGGCCCUCGGCUCUUCGCCACCAGCGGCGCUUCCCUCUAGCCUUCGCCCAAAGCCCCGCACCAGGAGGCUAAAACAGACCCCAAGUCGGAAUUUCUGGCCCCCUCUGAUCCACACAAAAAGACCCCAAAGUGGGAGACUCUCUGCAGCAAUACAAAUGUUCAUCGCAUAUAUCCCAGGAGUUAUAAUUUGAGGACUCCUAAUUUAGUGCAAUAUAAAAAAUGCAAAUAAUUUUUCUGUGGACCACCAACAUUUUCUCGUGGACCACCAGUGAUCCAUGGACCACCCAUUGGUGACCACUGAUUUAGAGGACUAGCAGUCUGACAUCUGCAGAUUUUUGUGAUCUAAACGGAAAGUAGAGGUUUUGUUUCUCAGGGAAAGUCACUCUUUCUCCCUUUGCCCUACUCUAAAAUGAAGAGGGGGAGCAUCAAGAUUUCUGCAGCAUGGAAAAUUGGGAGAACUGGGGUGUGGAUAGUAAAGUGUUUGUGCACAGCUCAACUUAAUCCUGCAUUCACCAGGAUCUGAGGGGUUUUGUCCUCUUAAGUUGGUGGGCAUGAGGCCAUCCUACUUUCAGACAAAAAAGUUCUGCAAAUUCUAGGAUACGUUAUUGAAUAAUAGAAUUGAAAGAAUCUUGGAAAUCAUUAUCCUGCAGAAAAAGAAGCAACGCCUAAUAAUCAUCUGGCUUUUCAGUCCCUCUUUCUUAUUUAUUGCUAUCUUAAAAUAGCACAACCAUUACAGAAGGAAUAGAAUUUCUCAGAACUGGAAAUAGCUUCGCAGUAGUAAGCCCUCUCGAAUUAUAAUUUUGCAAUUGGGGGCAAGACAAACAAAAAAACAAAAAACUCACCAGUUUGUUUUUCAUGGAUAUAAAUAUUUUGUCAUGACUUGUAAUUUCCUGACAGAAUUUUUUGUAGCCAAGCAACCUGAAUAUUUAGUAUAAAAAGCUGGACUGUAGAGAUCUCAAUUAUGUAAGCAUUGCAUAAACCUAGGAAAUUCCAUGUUUCAAUGUUAUUCAGAAUUCACCUCUCUGAUUAGUAUAUCAUAGAAUUAUGUGAUUGGAAGGGACCUUGGAGAUCUUCUAGUCCAUCCCCCGUCCCUGAGCAGGAAUCCUCAGACCAUUCAAACGGGAUUGCUUGAAACCUUCUGUGCUUCUAGGAAGUUAUGUUCCACUGUUUAAUAGCUCUCAAAAAAAAGAAAAAGAUUCUUCCUUAUUUCAAGCUUAGAUAUACCUCUUUAAAAUGUCCACCUGUAGAUAUACUCUCUUCCUAUGACGGCUGUAUCACUAUUGGAAGAUGGCUAUCAUGUCUGCUCCUAGCCUUCUCAUCUUUAGGCUAAGCAUGCCUAGUUCUUUUGCAAUUCAACUUACAACCACAAUAACAACUGAAAAAUUCAUAGUUAAGUGGUGCAGUUGUUAAAUGAGACAUCAAGUGAUCACAGCUUGUGACUUUCCUUGCCGGCUUCCCCACUGACUUUGUUUGUUUGAAGCUGGCUGGGAAGAUUGCAAAUGGCAGUCAUGUGAAUCCAGAAUACUGCAACCAUCAUAAAUAUGAGCUGCUUAUCCAGCACCCAGAUUGGGAUCAUGUCGCUGUGGGGAUGUUGUGAUAGCUGCAAAUGCAAGGACCAACAUAAGUCAUUUCCCCCCCAGGGCUGUCAUAACCCCAAACAGUUGCUAAAUGAAUGGUCAUAAGUUGAGGACCAGCGAUCACUUCUUCAUAAGACUUAGAGUUCAAGUUGCUCACUACCUUUGACACUGUUCUCUGUACUUUUCCCAUUUCUUCAGCAUCCUUUUUAAAUUGUAGGAAUCCUGGCGGUGCAGUGAUUAGAAUGUAGUAUUGCAGGCUAACUCUGCUCACAGUCUGCAGUUUGAUCCUGAUGGGCUUGAGGUUGACUCAGCUUCCAUCCUUCUGAGGUUGGGAAAAUGAGGACCCAGAUUGUUGGUGUCAAUAUGCUGACAUUGCAAACUACUCAGAGAGUGCUGUAAAAGUACUAUGGACCAGUAUAUAAGUCUAAGUGCUAUUGCUAUUGCUAUUUCCUACCAUGUACCUCUGCAUCUGUGUUUUGGCUGGGUUUUUCUACCUAGAACAUAAUUUUAUAUUUCUUGUCAUUCAGCUGUGCAUAUUGUUGAAUAGAGGCCAAUAUUCAAGUCUAUGAAAAGCGUUUUGAACCUUGAACCUUUGUGGGAAACAGAAACACCAAAAUGUUUUAUAUCCAAAUAUUUACUCUUCAAAUGCAUUCUUCUAGGGCUAGCUGCUAUUAAAAAUCCCAAGCAAUUAGGGUAUGUGGAAGGAGCGGAAAGGGAGGGAGAAGAACUGGAGAAAGCAAGAGCUAGGAAUUUAACUAGCAGAUGCUGAGAAUAAAAACAAGGCAGGGCCUGACUGACUUAGGUCAUAUCCCCAUGGCUACUCUGCUUCCAGUUGCUCUUUGACUUUAGGGACACAAAUGCAUUCCUUGACUGGCUGGUUUGUUUUGACUGCCUCACAGUUUUCCAGCAUUCAUUAACUUCUUAAACUGCAGCUCACAAGACGCUCCAUAGGGACUGUUUUUCUACUCAGCUUCUUUGGCUGUUGUGUACUUUGCUUCAUUUCAGCCUCUGGAUGCCAACCAGCACGCUCUAAAUAAGGGACUAUAUGACUGUGAGGAACAUCUAGUCAGUGGAUGUGCGCAGCGGCUCAUUGUGGAUUUCCUGCUCAAAUAGCAGCACAGAGAAGGGGGAAGAGAAAGAGCGAAGAGGCUAUUCAUAUUCAUAUCAGUUUCCACUCUGCAUCAGGCAGCUGUUUGCUCUGUUGCUUACUUAGAGUGAGAUCACCAUUCCGUUUCUGAAGUUACAGCAGCUUUCCCUCUAAAGUAAGGAAGAUAUCGUUCAUGGGUGAGCCUCCUUAUUACUCCUUUUUACCCUUACUGACUAAUUUCAGCUAAUGAUUAACUGAAGAUGACGGGUCCUUGGACAACAUGUUGCAAUAAAAAACAUAAACCCAAGAAUGAAUUACAGGAGUUGGACUCAAUGGCAGAGAACAAGAAGGAAAAAAUGCAAAUGAAACAAGAAAUCACCUUGCUUAACGGCAUUUCUUUAAUUGUAGGGAACAUGAUUGGAUCAGGAAUAUUUGUAUCGCCCAAGGGUGUGCUGAUGUACAGCGGCUCGUAUGGACUUGCACUUCUCCUCUGGGCCAUUGGUGGGGUCUUCUCUUUGUUUGGAGCAUUAUGUUAUGCUGAACUGGGGACAUCCAUACUUAAAUCAGGAGCAAGCUAUGCCUAUAUUCUAGAAGCCUUUGGAGGAUUUAUAGCAUUUAUCAGACUAUGGUCUUCCUUGUUGAUCAUUGAACCUACCACUCAGGCAGUCAUAGCGAUUACUUUUGCUAAUUAUAUUGUGCAGCCAAUAUUUCCAUUAUGUGAGCCACCCUAUGGAGCAGUUAGGUUGAUUGCAGCAGCCUGCAUCUGCUCCCUGACUUUUAUUAAUUGUGUCAAUGUGAAAUGGGGAACCCGAGUACAGGAUAUUUUCACAUAUGCAAAACUGAUGGCUCUUAUCAUGGUUAUAUCUGUGGGCCUUUAUAAAGUUAGUCAAGGAAAAACUGACAACCUCAAGGAACCAUUUGAAGGUUCUACAACAAAUGCAGGAUUUGUUGCACUUGCUCUUUAUUCUGCCCUCUUUUCCUACUCUGGAUGGGAUACAUUGAAUUUUGUCACUGAAGAAAUGAAAAAUCCAGAAAGAAACCUUCCACUUUCCAUUGCAAUAUCAAUGCCUAUAGUGACUAUUAUUUACUUGCUGACCAAUGUGGCCUACUAUGUCGUGUUGGACAUGACUGCUCUCUUAGCAAGUGAUGCCGUGGCUGUGACAUUUGGUAAUGAAGCUCUUAGCCAUGCUAAAUGGAUCAUCCCUAUUGCAGUGGCAAUGUCUUGUUAUGGAGGAUUAAACUCAUCAAUUAUUGCAGCUUCAAGACUUUUUUAUGUUGGAGCUAGAGAAGGACACCUCCCUGAUAGCUUGAGCUUAAUUCAUAUAAAAUGUUUCACCCCUGUUCCUGCUCUUGUUUUUAAUGGUUUAAUGACUUUGGUUUACCUCCUUGUGGAAGAUGUCUUUCUCCUGAUAAAUUACUACUGUUUCAGCUAUUGGUUCUUUGUCGGACUAUCCAUUGCAGGAUUAAUAUAUUUAAGGCAUAUUCAGCCAGAUAGACCAAGGCCCAUUAAACUCAGCCUCUUCUUUCCCAUUGUAUAUUGCAUAUGCACAGUUUUCCUUGUUAUAGUGCCUCUUUAUAGUGAUACAAUCAAUUCUGUUAUUGGAAUUGGCAUUGCACUCUCUGGGAUUCCUGCUUACUUUUUGGGAGUUUAUUUACCAGUAGAAAAGAGACCUCGGUAUCUUCAUUGGCUUUCUGCUACCACGACACAGUAUGUUCAGAAGUUAUUCUGUUGCUGUCUGACAGACAUGGACCCUGAAACAAAGACAUUGGAAAUCAAAGCGAAGUAGACUAUUUUGGACAAUCACUACACUUUACAGAUCCAAACAGCUGGAAAUACUCCUUUGUGCUGUAGAACAAACCAAGAAAUGUAUGACUGUACUGUGCAACAUUUUGCUGUAUUUUUUCCCCAGACUAUUUUACUUUAUCCACCUUUUCUUUGUUAUAAAUUUAAGGGAUUUCUUCAUAUUCCCAUAUUAUAUAUACAUAUAUAUAUAUAAAACAUGGAUUGUUAUUUUUUAAAAUAAGCAAUCCAUUGUAUGAAAGCAAACACUAGGGAUUUAGAGUUUCCCAGAAAAAUGACAUAGAUACCAAUCAAAUAGGAAGGAAAAGUUUAAAUAAUGGAAGGAAGACAAACUAAAGAUAUCAAGUUUCAGGUUCAUCCUUGAAAAUUCUAAAGCAUUCUCUUUUACCAAGGAAGGUGUCCAAUUUAUUUGGUGGAUGAAUAUAAUUAGUCUGUAUCAGUAGAGUUUAUCUUGUGUCACUGAGUCAAAUCCAUGAAGGGUAUCAGUGGAGACACUGUAUGUCUUUGUACUGGUGCCUAAUGUUUAGGCUCAAUAUUGAAACAUCAAAUGUUACUGUCACUGUUAUACCACAGUGUGCCUUUUCUCUUGGGAGAUUAAUGUAUUAUGGAAAAAAUACAAUUAGUAAAGAACCUUGCUAUUAGCAGCAUCUUCAGAAGAGGAAUGUGAGCUGUUGACAUAUCAGGCGUUCUAUUAGUGAUUCUGUAAAUAACAGUUAUGACACCAGUACCAGGCUGUCAGUGAAAACUAUGUAUGCCACACUAUCAUUUUUUCUUCUAAAUCUUCAAUUGUUUGUAAUAUUGUAAAAUACUGUAUGCAUCAAUCAAGAUUUUUAUUUUCAUUCAGUCCAAAUGUUUUAUAUAUUUUUUAAAAAUGCAUGCUGAAUUGAUAGAUGACUGUCAAACUUAUUUCAGUUUUGAAUAAACCUGAGU